ACUAUUGCAGGUUUAAGCACUGACAAUUUUCUUGAUUAUUCACUUUUAUGAAAGCUAUUGUUAUGUAGUUUUUAAUUUCUUUGUUUUAGAUUCAUUAAUUUAUUUUAAUAUUUUAUCUUUCUGUCAUGUAGUAUACUUUUUUUGUUAGUUUUUAUAUGUAAAGUAUUAUUGCUAGAGAUUGACAUUUAUUAACUGUUACGCAUAUACCUACGGCACACACCACAUAUAGUUUGAAAGGUCUAAAAAAGAUAUAGGAAUAAUUAUUUUUUAAAUUUAAAUUAUUUUUACUACAAAAAGUAUUAAUAAAUAUUUGUAAACAUCAAUUUAAGUGAUGUCAGCGGAAAUCUAAUAUAAGUGUCAUGUAUGUGUACACCUGAAUGCACAUAUUGACACACAUGUUGUAUUUAUACUGUUUAAUAAAUUGUAAAUCAAAUGAAACACUGGGAGAAAACGGGAAACGGGAAUAAACGGAUGAUUUAUUAAUAAGUUUACCAAUUCAAAUUAUUUUGUGAUGUCUAAAGGUAAGACUUUGAAGAAAAAAUAGCAGAGAUAAGGUAGUUUAGUUUUUUAAUACAGAUUAUGAAAAUAAUUGUUAAAUAAGAAUUCGUUUUCCUCCAUGAGGAGCAUGCCAUUAAUACAAAUGCAAAAAUCUAAAUAAUUUGAGAUAAGAUUAAAUUGACUGCAUAAUUUUUAACAUAUUAAACUGUUAAGUCGUUUUUAAUCAUUAGUAUAGAUUAUGAGAUAUAUUAGACAUAAACAUUGAACUAAGUUUCAAUUACAUGUUUGUAACAAGUAAAUUACACUACAUGUAUUACGGUAAAUGCAAGUUUUCAAAAUAAGACUGGCGAUAGAGUGAUCUAUUGAUAUGUAAAAAAUAUUCAAAUGUAAUUUGGAAAUUGUAUUGAAUAAGGACAGUAAUUGUUUUGUAAUGAUAAAUGUAUCAUUUAUUUCGAACAUAACGUUCUCACCAGUGACGCCAUUGAAUAAAUCGAACCAGCUUUGCUUAUUGGAGUACAUACUAUACAAAAGUUACUAGAUUUCUAUACAUACUUAUUAAAAUACAUUUGAAGUAAUUAAUUUUUCGGUUGUAAAUAAAACUAUUGUAAGAAAACCCUUGUAACUAAAUAUAGGAAAUUUGAAAAACAAGUUAUUACAUGUUUACCUUUUUUUUCUUAUAUGUAAUGUAUAAAUUAUUUAGAUCCACAAAGACUGCGUUUCAGUAGAAAAUUUAAUUUAAGAAAGGAGGAUACUGUAAUGUAAGAGUCUUCAAUCAAAAAAUUAGUGUUACAAUAAGUACUUCAUAGGGAUAUGCGUACAGGUGCAAAGUAAAAACAUAGAAGAUUGUUAUAAUGAGUGCAAUGGGAUGUGAUGUACAAGGGUCUCUGAGAGAGGCCUUGUACGAAACAUUGACUGGAAUUUUGUCUCCUCACCACGAUACUCGUCAAGCAGCAGAACAGAGGAUUCAAGCUUUAGAAGUUACAGAAGAAUUUGGUAUUCAUUUAACAGAAUUUGUGGUAGAUCAAAAUGGACAUUUACCUAUUAGGCAACUUGCUUCAGUAUUGUUAAAGCAAUAUGUAGAAACACAUUGGUGUUCAGUUGCUGAAAAAUUUAGGCCACCAGAAAUAAAGCAUACUACAAAAGAAAGAAUUAAAGAAUUAUUACCACUAGCACUUAGAGAAUCUAUUAGUAAAGUACGUACAGCUGUAGCAUAUGCAAUAUCUGCCAUUGCUCAUUGGGAUUGGCCAGAAAAUUGGCCAGGUUUAUUUGAUAUACUUGUCAGUUGUUUAAGUGGUGAAAGUGAAUAUGCUGUGCAUGGAGCAAUGAGAGUUUUAACAGAAUUCACUUCUGACCUUAGCGAUACUCAGUUGCCAAAUGUGGGACCAGUUAUCCUUCAAGAAAUGUAUAGAAUAUUUCAAAGUGAAAAUCAAUACUCUAUUCGAAUUCGUGGACGUGCAGUUGAAAUAUUCACUACAAUUACAUCAUUGGUAGCUGCUACAGAACUUUAUCAAAAGGGAUUUACAGAGCAAUAUUUGCAACCAGUUAUUCCCAUGUUUUGUGAAAAAUUUGUUCAAUGUUUACAAGUGCCUGAUGGCCCAACCAGUGAUAGUGGGCUUAAAACUAAUAUUAUCAAAGCUAUAAAUUGUCUUGUAACUAAAUUACCUAAAUAUGUAUCGAACUUUUUACCACAAAUGCUACCACCUGUGUGGAAAACUUUAACUCAAAGCGCAAAAAUUUAUCAGGAAGGAACUGUAAAUGGAGAAAGAGAGGAAAACGAUAAAGAAGUUGAUUCUGAUGGUGAAGUAAUUAACUUUAAUAAUUUGAUUAUUGCGAUAUUCGAAUUUGUCAGUUCCAUUCUGGACCGCAAACGAUUCUCAAAUCUUUUGGAUAAUUUGUUGCAAGAUGUUAUGUAUUAUUUGAUUAUUUUUAUGCAAAUAACCGAGGAUCAGAUCGAAUUAUGGUCUUCAAGUCCUAAUCAGUUUGUAGAAGAAGAAGAUGUGUCCUACAAUGUCCGUAUUUCUGCUCAAGAGCUUCUAACAGCUCUUGUAAAUUAUUCUGCAGAGAAGGCAGUGAAUGCUCUUUGUAAAGUAGUUACACGCCACAUUGAAGCAACAAGUAGACUACAGAACGGUGCCGGAGAAAAUAAUGAUUCCUGGUGGAAGAUACGUGAAUCUUCUAUUUUAGCUUUAUGUAAAGUCAAAUCCGCUGUCGUAGAGAAAUAUACUUCUGGAAUGCUUCAGUUCGAUAUGAUACAGUUUUUAGCAACAGUUGUGUUAGCUACUCUCAACGAUUCAGGAGCUCCACCAUUACUUCUUGGCCGUUGUUUAUGCGUCGGCGGGAAAUAUGCCGAAAUAAUGCCAUCAGCGUUGAGUUCACAAUUCUUGGAAGCAACGGUUAAUGGUUUGCAAGAAAAUCAGCCAGCUUGCAUUCGUAUCAGCGCAGUGAAAUCCAUUUAUUGGUUUUGUGAGGCAUCAACCACGGAAACCAGUGGAGCUCUUGUUAACAAUAUACGGUCUCAUUUACCUAAAAUAUUCCAAGGACUUUUCAAUUUAGCCAGUCAGCCGUCCACAGAAGUUCUGACCUUAGUCAUAGAAACCUUCCAAGUGGUGGUUGAGCUGGAUAAAGCAUUCACCGCUUCAGUGGAAAAUAAAAUAUGUCCACUAACAAUUGCCGUGUUCUUGAAGUUUUAUACCGAUCCAACUAUAUUUUGUCUGUGCCAAGACAUAUUCAAAAGUCUCACGCAAAAUCCACUUUGCAUAGGUCCAUUACAGACUCGUCUGAUACCCACAUUGACAAGCAUGAUGGCUGUAACGUCUAUGGACAAAUCGAAAGAUGAGGGGUGCCGAGAUGUAGCUUUAGAUGUGCUACAGGUAUUAGUUCAGUACUCUCCAACACCUUUAAGCAGUGCGCUGGUCGAGACUGCUUUCCCUGCUGCGUGCCACUGUAUACUUAAUUCAGAAGAAAACGAAACGUUGCAAAGCGGGAGCGAAGUGAUACGCACCUACUUGUCCGUUGCAGCGCAACAAGUCACAGUUCAUCGCGACAGUGAUGGUCAAACCGGCCUGCAGUACAUAUUGCAGAUAGUUGCACAGCUUCUGAACCCACAGUCGAGUGAGUUCACUGCCACUUUCGUUGGUCGACUGGUGACAACGUUGAUUAGGAAAGCAGGUGACAAGCUAGGCGAGAAUCUAGACCUUCUGCUGAAGGCUGUGUUGAGUAAAAUGCAAAGGGCGGAAACGUUAAUUGUGGUACAGAGUUUGCUCAUGAUAUACGCCCACCUGAUAAACACGGAAUUCGACGCCGUCCUAAACUUCCUAUCUACCGUGCCCGGUCCAACAGGACAGAGCGCGCUCGCGUUCGUGCUCACCGAGUGGGUCAGCAGACAGCACCUGUUCUUCGGCAGGUACGAGCGUAAGGUGGCCACGAUCGCACUGUGCAAGAUACUCGAGUACGGCGUUACUCAUGAUGAUAGUCGGCUGAAUCAAAUCACCGUCAAGGGCGAUCAAAUAUUUUCAGGAAAUGAGGUGGGUGUAAGGACUAGGAGUAAAACCGAAUCACAGCCUUAUCAGUGGACCACGAUACCGGUACUGGUUAAGAUUUUCAAACUGAUCAUUAACGAACUGUCGAACGAUAUGGAAGCAGUCACUGCGAAUCAAGAGUCGGACGAAUCUGACGAUGACGACGAGGGUGACGAUAACAAUACCUUCCUAGAUCCAGGCUACGAGACCAUGUUACUGUUAGAGGAAGUUUCGAACGAAGCGGAGGAAGGCGAGGAAGAUCCAGAAUUACUGGAAGACUCGAUCUACCACCUGAACCUUGGUCAAUACCUGCGGGACUUCUUACUCAACUUCUCAUCUCAUCAUUGCUUUCCUGCUUACGUUCAGCACUUAAACAUUCCGGAACGGAAAGUGUUGAGCAGUUUAAAUGUUAACGCAUCGUUUAUGUAAUGAGUAGAUAGAUAUAUCGAUAAUCAGAUUUUUGAUUUUCGUAAUAAAACACGUAAUGUUU